AACCCUCACCCUCCCACAAUUAUCUCCAUUCAACAAUGGCGGAACAGGCACCAUCAGAUUUGCCCAACGAAGAAUUCAAACCUUUCUGCGAAUGGAAAAGGCUCGAAGACUCCGAUGUUCUUCAGGUUCAUCUCGCAGAAUUCAAGAAGGAAGAAUUGAGGGUUCGGAUCAAGAACAACUCCGUCCUUACACUUACCGGCGAGCGCCUAGCAGCCGGAGACUGGAAGAAGAUCCGUUUCAACAGUGAAAUCAAACUCCCAAAGGAUACACCUCCAGAUCAAAUCCGUGCCAAAUUCGGCGACUCUGUUCUUUCGAUUACGAUGCCGAAGAAGAAAGCCUCACCAGCCUCCAUUGAUAAUGCUUGCCCUAGAAACUUCAUAUCCGGAGUAAAGUCUUCAUUAGCAAGGUUGAAAUUUAGCAAGGAAUCGGCUGUGGCUAUGGCGGUUGCGGGACUCAUUCUGGCCUCGGGAGCUUACUACUUGAUAGAAAACCCUAAUCCGCAUUGAUUUCUGUAAUUCCUGUUAUUACUUUUUAAGGCUAAAUUAAUAAAUUAAUUCUUUUAACUUA